GUUUUUUCGAAGUAUAAAUUUUUUGGCUUCUCCGUCUUUUCGUUUCUCUUCCCUUGCCGCACUUGCUUUGCUUCUCCUCGGUCUUUGGAUUUAGAUUCGUCUACUCUUCAAGCUAAAUCUUCACGAUGCAAAACGAAGAGGGUCAGAUCACAGAGUUGUACAUUCCUAGGAAAUGCUCCGCUACUAACCGGUUGAUUACAUCUAAGGAUCAUGCCUCUGUGCAGCUUAACAUUGGUCAUUUAGAUGCCGAUGGGAUCUACACCGGACAAUUCACCACUUUUGCUCUCUGCGGGUUUGUUCGUGCCCAGGGAGAUGCGGACAGUGGCGUAGACAGGCUGUGGCAGAAGAAGAAGGUCGAAGCUAAACAAUAAGAGCUGAAGCUGUCUAUUUUGUUUGUUUUUUUUUUGUCGGUAUUUUCUGAUUGGAACCCAAAAAAUAUCUUGAAGUGAUGAUUAAUGCUUGAGUCUUGGUUUUACAUCCUCAUGUUCUAAAUUUCGAUUCAAAUUGAAUAAUCAUACUCCCUUUCUUUCAAAUUGAAUAUUAAUUCAUCUAAAA